AUGAAGGCUGUUUGUUUUCUUCUGCUCCUAGGAGCGGCAGUCCAGGCUGUCAAGCUAUCUGUCGACUCAGUAAAAUACAGCAUAAUAUCUGCGAAAGGCGAACCCAGCACCAAAUCACUAUCACCUACUGAGAAGUCUUCUUCAGAAGUCGUAACAAUCUCCCAGGACCAAACGUUGAAGCUGAGCUUCCAAGUCGUCGAUAAAGUCACAGGAAAGGGUGUGCAACCGGAGCAGGCCUUCCUACGGUUCUACGACGAACAAUCUGGUGAAGAAGGAAUUCAACCUGUACGUGUCACAAGUAGCGGAAAGGCCAAAUUUGACCUGAGUCUGGCAAAACCUCCGGCAUCACUUCCGCCCACUUCAUCUGCGCCGUUGAAAGUAACUCUCUUACUUGGAGCUUCCUCUUACGCACCUGCAAAACUAGAGCUGUUUAACCUUCACAUACCUGCUUCGCAUCCGGCCCCGACACACCCUGACGAAGCAAAAUUCCACAUCUUACCUGAACUUGCGCAUACCUUCCGUCCAGAUCCCAAACUCCCUGCGCGCGCAGUAUCCGCCUUGUUUGCCGGUCUAGUUCUUGUAGUUCCUUGGACUAUCCUGCUCGGUUUGUGGUUCUCUAUUUCUCCGCGAGUCCCCCGUUUGUUUUCGCCCAAUAUCCUUCCCUUCACCGCAAGUCUUGGCGCAUUCGAAUUCCUUCUCUACCGUUACUGGGUUGAUCUCAAGCUUGGCGAUGUUUUGACUUAUGGAGCUAUGCUUGGUAUCGUCACUGUCUUCACGGGACGACACGCGUUGGCCAGUAUCGCAGAUAGGAGACUUGGUAAUCACAAAUAA